CGGCAGCUGCAGCACUUCCGUGUUGUCUGUCACGGAGAAGCAGGAAGCGCCGCGGGAGCGUGUGGGAGGUAAUCCGCCGCUGUUUACAGAGCCGCUGUCAGGUGACGAGAGGCUACAUGGAGGCUAACUGACGAACCGGACCGGACCGUCGAAGCUGCCGGGCGCACACAGGAGGGGGGGCUGCGGUACAUCCACCAGAACCGGGAUGCCAGUCGGAGUGUGUGGCUGCUGCGGGCCGCUGAGGCCGAGGUACAAACGACUGGUGGACAACAUCUUCCCAGAGGACCCUAAAGAUGGCCUCAGCAAGUCCGACAUGGAGAAGCUCACCUUCUACGCUGUCUCGGCUCCGGAGAAGCUGGACCGGAUCGGGGCGUACCUGGCGGAGAGGCUGAGCAGAGACGUGGUGCGACACCGCUACGGGUACGUGGUGAUCGCCAUGGAGGCCCUGGACCAGCUGUUGAUGGCGUGUCACUCUCAGAGCAUCAAACCCUUCGUGGAGAGCUUCCUGCACAUGGUGGCCAAGCUGCUGGAGUCCAGAGAGCCCGACCUGCAGGUUCUGGGGACAAACUCGUUUGUGAAGUUUGCCAACAUCGAGGAGGACACGCCUUCAUACCAUCGCCGCUACGACUUCUUCGUCUCCCAGUUCAGUGCCAUGUGCCACUCGACUCAUGAAGAUCCUGAGACCAGGAGCAGGAUCCGGGUGGCUGGGAUCAAAGGCCUGCAGGGCGUUGUGAGGAAGACGGUGAACGACGAGCUGCAGGCCAUCAUCUGGGAGCCGCAGCACAUGGACAAGCUGAUCCCCUCCAUGCUCUUCAACAUGCAGGACAGCGAGGACCUGGACAGCCACCUGGACAACCACCAUCUGUGGGACCCCAACGAGUUUGCAGUUUCUUGCUUCAGGAUCACCAUGUACUCCAUCCAGGCCCAGCACUCGCACCACGUCAUCCAGCAGGUUCUGAACCACCUGGACGCCCACAGCAAGAGCACGCCGCGGCUCAGAGCCGGCAUCGUCCAGGUCCUCCUGGAGACCGUGGCCAUCGCCGCCAAAGGGUCCGUGGGUCCGACGGUUCUGGAGGUCUUCAACACGCUCCUCAAACACCUCCGGUUGAGCGUGGACUUCGAGCUGGGCGAGAACUCCAGGAGGAACUCCAGCAGCAGCGCUUCGUCCGGCCGGGGGAAGGAGAGCGAGGAGCGGAUCGUGCAGAACGCCAUCAUCCAGACCAUCGGGUUUUUUGGUGGAAAUCUGCCGGAUUACCAGCGAGCCGAAGUCAUGAUGUUCAUCAUGGGCAAGGUGCCCGUGUUCGGGACCCCCUGCCACACCUUGGACACCGUGAAGAUCGGGCAUCAGGGAACCAAGAGGAUCCAGACCAUGCUGCUCAGCUCCCUGAUCAUGGUGACCUCUGGCUUCAAGUCCAAGUCCAUGACGGCGGCGCUGCCCCCCUCCUUCCUGGACCCGCUCUUCUCCGUCUCUCUGAUGGAGGACGUGGAGCUGAGGCAGCUGGUGCUCGAGAUCCUCCACAACAUCAUCGAUCGCCACGACAACCGCGCCAAGCUGCGCGGCAUCAGGAUCAUCCCGAACGUCGCGGCGCUGAAGAUCAAACGGGAGAAGAUUUCCAAACAAGACGUGGGAUUCAUAAAGAAGCACGGCCAGCAGCUCUACCGCCACGUCUACCUGGGCUGCAAAGAGGAAGACAACGUCCACAAGACCUUCGAGCUGCUCUUCACCACGCUCGCCAUCCUGACCAUCGAGCUGGCCAACGAGGAGGUCGUCAUCGACCUCGUCCGGCUCGCCGUCGCUCUGCAGGAAAUGGCUCUGGUCAACGAGGAGAACCUGCCCAUGUUCAAUCGCUGCGGCAUCAUGGCGCUCGUGGCGGCGUACCUCAACUUCCUGAGUCAGAUGAUCGCCAACCCGCCUUUGUGUCAACACGUCAGUAAAGUCAUCGAGUUGAGGAACAUGGACGCGCCGUACCUUCUGCCAGAACAUAUCUUCAGAGAUAAGUGUCCUCUCCCUGAAUCUCUGGACAAAGACGACCGGCAGCUGUUCUUCCAGACUGCUGAGAUGGCCGAGUGUCUGGCCGGACCGGGCUACAACGCAGAGCGCCUCUCCAUCCCCUACGUCCCGCAGGUGACAGUCCUUUACACCGUAGGAAAAAUCAUCCACAGGUGCAAGCAAACAUCCAAAGAUGAAGACCGUCUGCCCAGGAGGAAGAGUUUCGUGGACACCAUCUCCCUCCAGGUGGACAUCAUGUCCAGCAGCCUCCCAGAUAAGUCCCCGCUGGCCGAGGAGAUCACCUUUGAGACGCUGAAGAAGGCCAUCGACACCACGGGUUUGGAGGAGCAGGAGAGGGAGAGGAGGCGUCAGGUGAUGGAGAAGUUUCAGAAGGCUCCGUUUGAGGAGCUCGCCGCUCACUGCGAGUCCAAGGCGAACCUGCUGCACAACCGUCUGGCACAAAUCUUUGAACUCACCAUCCGGCCUCCGCCCAGCCCGUCCGGAGUGGUCUCCAUCUCUGCAGGACACGCCCAGCACCCGUCCGUCCCCGUCUAUGAGAUGAAGUUCCCGGACCUGUGUGUGUACUGAACACGGCUAACACGCUAACACGCUAACAACAAGGUCACCUUCAGCCCCCCCCCCCCCC